CAUUAACAUGAUGCCCAACAUGACCAGUGCAACUAGACUUUAUUGCUCUACUUUACCACUGGAUAUAUGACUUUUUUUCCCUUUUUGGAUUUAAUUCUUUAAAUAUCUGUUUCUGAUUCGUCAUCAGUCCUCAUCAGUUUAAACAUGGACGUUUGCUAGUUUUCUCCAUCAAAGACUUCAGACCUCAGAAGCAUGUUGAUCACAAAGAUUGAAGCCAAGGAGGCCUGUGAUUGGCUGCGAGCAGCCGGCUUCCCUCAGUAUGUGCAAUUAUUCAAAGACUGCAGGUUCCCCAUCGACAUUGAGUGGGCGAAGUGUGAUCACCACUUCCUGGAUAAAGAUGCCCUUGAUUCACUCUGCAGGCGAUUAAGCACUUUAAACAAAUGCGGGGAAAUGAGGCUGGAGCCGCGGAGAUCAAAACGCAGGGGAGACGACUGUGAUGAAGAAGACUUCUGUGCCAUCAGCACCAACUGGACUUACGACAGGCGGAUGCGACGAUGGCGACGCCUCAACUCCGCAGUGGACAUCCUUCGUCUGUCUGACAGUCCCACCGCACCCCAAGAUGUGUCUCUGUGUGAUGUCAGUGACCAGCAUGACGUCUGCUCCAUCCAUAGCUCCAGCAGUACCGAGAGCGAAGGACACAGAGAUGCUGCUGCCAGCACCACAGCCUCCGCAACUGCUACUGCCAGCACCACAGACGACCACGAGACCAGCAGGAGCUCCUCCCGCUGCUCCUCCACAAACAAGACCCCAUCCCUUGACACCUCUUUCAGUGGACCCCCAUCCCCUGGUGGAAGUGGUGGAGGAUCAUCCACCAUGAUUCUGGAGGCUGAAGGCUGCUUCCCAGACAAACCACCCAGAAAGAAGGGCACCAGUCUGCUGAGAAAGAUGGAGAAACUGAGGCUGAGGGGGACAACAGGCCUCUUUCCUUCUAUUCACAGCGGAGGCAGUAACAGCGGGAGCCUGCCCCGGCAUGUUACCAGUGGGCCAGUUCUGGUCCAAGAGGAGGAGAGAAUGGAGAGGCUGCACUGCCCGUCAAGUCUGCAGGUUCGACCCAGCAGCCGUGCAUCUUCCUCGCCUUCGUCUCCUCACACCAUCAGCAGCAGCAGCAGUAACAGUCACUCAGAGAGCAGCAGCACUGUCAGUACACCCAGCCCAGUCACACGGGUCAGGAGUAAUUGCAAACGCUCCAAUAGCGGGGUCGGUGGUGGAACGACCCGGAACAACCAGAACCACACCGAAACAGAGGACUACAGGAACCAGAUCAACAACAACAACAACAGCAUCCACGAGAGUCUGGUCUUCCAGGUCCCCCACGGACACAAACCAGGGACCUUCCCCACUUUCCUCACACACAAACACACCAUCCUAUCACCCAUCAUCGACAACACCUCCGUCAACUGGAGGACUGGGAGCUUCCACGGUUACCGGGGUCGACACAGUUGUCGCCGUGGCACGUCAUCAUUGGCCACUGGUGACCGGGACAUCUCGUCGUCUUCUUCCUGUGAUGUCCCCAGCCCGCUUGCUGUGCUGGAUCAUCGGUCGAGUAUCUAUGACAACGUGCCCGAUGAUCAGCAGCUGUCUGGAAGUGAAGGUGGCAGUGGUGGAAGUGUCAGUGAUGCAGAUCGGAUUGGUGAGGAGUCAGAGGUGAGUCGGCUGUUAGCAGGUGAAGACGUUUUCUCAGCUCUGGACAGCGUUUUGGAGAGGAUCAGCGACCUCCAACAACUGGUCUCCACCUGGUCCGAAAACCUAUCUGAGGAUGACUGUCAAAGAGGUUCCUCCACUUCCUCUACUUCCUCUUCCUCCUCGUCUUCCAGUUCUUCCUCCCAGGACUCACCUGCCCACGGCUCCUCAGCCGCCUCCCCCUGUCCCUCCUCCCCCAACCACAUCCACCUGGAAGUGCAGCAUCCGGAGGAGGAGGAGGAGGAAACAGAGAUCCGUGAGAAGGUGCCGGCGGAUGGAGAGGAGUCCAAGACGAGAUCGCCGCAACCCAGGAGCAGAGUGAGCCAGCAGCUGCACUGGUCCAGCGAGCAGAGCCUACCCUCCCUUCCCACUAGUCCAGGAGUGGAGAACCAGUCCAUCUCCCAGUUCCUCCUGCUGCAGAAACUCUCCCUGCUCAAACUCACCGCUCUCAUGGACAAAUAUUCCCCAUCCAGCAAGCAGGGUUGGAACUGGACUGUUCCUAAACCACUGAGGAAGACCAAGGUGAUGGAGAUGAAAGGCCGGCGGGUCUUUGGGGUUCCUCUGCUCCUCAGUGUCCAGCAGACAGGAGAGCCACUUCCUCCCAGCAUCCUUAGAGCCCUAAUCUACCUGAAGACCGAGUGUUUGGACCAGGUUGGUCUUUUCCGGAAGUCGGGGGUGAAAUCUCGUAUCCAGUACCUUCGCGAGCUGGUGGAGUCUGACCCAGAGGGUAUUUCAUACGAAAGUCAGUCCGCUUUCGACGUUGCUGACAUGGUGAAGCAGUACUUCAGAGAUCUGCCUGAACCCAUCUUCACCAGCAAACUCUGCGAGUCCUUCCUCCACAUUUACCAAUAUUUUCCCAAGGAUCAGCAGCUGGUUGCGGCUCAGGCGGCCAUCUUGCUGCUUCCUGACGAGAACAGGGAGGCGUUGCGAACGCUGCUGUUCUUCCUGCAAGACGUGGUGGCCUCUGUGGAUGAGAACCAAAUGACUCCAACCAACAUUGCCGUUUGUUUGGCACCAUCACUCUUCCACCUCAACACCCUGAAGAGAGACACUAAUGCACCCAGGUCGAGUCACAGGAAGUACAGCCUGGGCCGCCCAGACCAGCGGGACCUGAGCGAGAACCUGGCUGCCACCCAGGGCCUGGCCAACAUGAUCACUGAGGCGCAGAGACUCUUCCAGAUUCCAGAGUUUUGGCCCGGUCGGUGUUUAAGUGCUGCUGGCUCCCCUGAGGACACUCUCUGUGAGGAGGGAGGAGGCCCAGUGUCCCAUGGUCAGAGUGGAGGUGAGGAGGAGCAGGAGGAGAGAAGGAGCAAGCUUCAGCUGAGCACACAGCACCUCCUGAAGGAGGCCAGAGAGAAGAGUCGUGGCUGGGAGAACCACCCAGCGCCAGAGCAUGUUGAGCUGGCCUUCAAGAAGAUGGACGACGGCUUCCCGCUGUGGAUGUGGCGUGGCUCCAUGGAGGUGGAGGCCCCCCAGAAGGAGGUUCUCCAUCGGCUGCUGAGGGAACAGGAGCUGUGGGAAGGAAGCCUGCGUCACGCCGCCGUCAUCCAAACUUUGUCCAAGGACACCGAAGUCUAUCGCUACCUCCUCCAGGGCCAAGGCCACGGCCUGGGCUCCCGGCCCCCACAGGAGCAUCUGCUGCUCAGGACCUGGCAGUCAGACCCAUCCUCUGGCCCUCUGUAUCUGUCCUCUGUAUCCACAGAGCACCCCGAGGUGCUCUUGGAGGGGGUUAGGGCCAAUGUCCACUCCUGCCUCUACCUGCUGGAGCCCACCGGAGCCAGGAAGACCCGGCUGACCCACCUUUGUCGAACAGAUACAAGGGGGCGGUCGCAGGAGUGGCACAGCAAAGUGAGUGGACCUCUUCUGGCCUCUGGUCUCCUUGCGAUCCGUGACUCCUUUAGAGCCGAACACAAAGAGACCAAGAUAUGAGUAACUGCAGAGGAUGUUGCACUAAUCCGGAGUACUCACCCCCAAACGUCUAAACUGCAGAAUGCUGGAAAAAUAAAAUGGCACUGCAACAUCGUGUUCAGGACUUCCUCAAAGUUUUAAAAGUGAAACUCGUGGCCCAGAGCUUGGCGAGCAGAGAAGGUGACCCAUGAGGAUUUCCCUGAACCAUUUCUGUCGCUUUGUCUUUGACUCUCUUUCAAUGUUUUCACUUUUUCUGUCAGUGACCUUGUAGAUUGCCAGCAGCACCUCUGCACUCCCUGCUGCGUCUGUUACACUUCACACUCAAGUUCAUAAAAAUAAAUGCAAACCAUGGCGAGCUUUGACAAAGGACGUUUUGAUGGGAGGAUUAAAAGCUAAGGCCUGAUUCGACUCCUAACUGUGAUUUUAAAAAGCGAGGGUGGAACAGGUGACAGCGGAGUGACAUCUUUGAACAGGAACUGACUUUGCUUUGUCUAAAAUAUGGCGUCAAGACAACGAGAUCCACGAAUUGUGGCUGUUCUCAAUCUAGAGAAAGAGGCAGGGAGGGAAACACACGGCAGUUUCCUGGACGAAUACAGGAAAUAAGGACAGGAAACAGACUUUUCACCAUCAGACAUUUGGCUCCAGUGGAAAGUAAAGGAGGGAGUGGAUGGACCAAACCUACGUCACUUGCCCUGAAAACCGACUUCAUGUCGGGGUGUAGUUUUGAGUCUGACGCCACGAACAAAAACGUAAAACUAAAACGCAUUCGUAACAGAGAAAACUGCCUUACCUAUAGCCGUUCAAAGCAGAAAGAGACACUUCGUUUUUGAUUUUUGGGGUUUGUUCUGAGGCAGUUAUCCACGUACCGAAGCCAGAUGAAGUGACUCGAGAAGCAGAGCAGCUGGAUCCAGCUGUGAUGAGGAAUUAGCACGAUGCCGCAGACUGUCACCGCCGUUGGAACGUCUCUUUGAGUGACUGUUCCCGCUUUUUAAUUCGUCCCUGUGACUUUGACCCGUUUUCCGACGGGACGUACGACGUGCGGAACAGUUUCAAAGACGAGCGAUAUCUACCUCUCCACAGGACGACGCCUCUUUGAAGCGCGACAAAAGUUGUGAAUUGACGGAGGCCUCGCCGCGAGCCUUUUGUGAGCUACCUGGCAACCAGACAUCUUCCUGAAAUUUUUUUUAACAUUUGUAUUUAUUCUGUGUGAUGUACAGUCUUAUUUCACUUUGGAGUCAUUGUGAAGUAGGGGCAGGUGUGUGCAUGUAAAAGUCCAUUUUAUUCAAACGCCAUAUUUCAGAUUAUUUAACUUAAUGUACAUCUAAAUACAAAUCUCUUAUAUCUGAAUACUUAUUUAAUUUCAGAAAACGUUAUCUUGUUUGUGUGCGUGUGAAAUCUAAAUUUAUCAGUGCCAAACACCUAAUUAAAAUGUUUAUUUCUCUCUGAA